AAAAAUCAUGGUUUCCCCGGAAUAAAUUUCCCAACCACCGUCAAUAAGUAUAGAAGCAACUUAUAUAGGAUAUUAUAUACGAUAUAUAUAUUGUGUCGCCUUGCUAGAUGUAGGAGUUCAACUUGAAGCAAGCACAUGGAGCCAAAGCUUCCAUUAAUUUCAAAUCCACCAAACGCACCCUUAAAAGCCUUUUCUUCAAAGUUAAGCACUCACUGUACUCAAAAAAUCCAUAAUGGCUCCCAUCGCUCUCAUUUCUUCACAAACGCGUCAUUUUCAAACGCAGAAAAUGUUACAAAAGGACUCAUAUAUGCUUUCACCUUCUUCCACUCUCCUGAACACUCCAUCACCAAAAUGCAUCUUCUUCUUCCUCCUCUUUUCUUCUUCUUCUUCUUCCCGCUUGUUGCUUACUCAUCCCAUUGCACCACUCAGACUGCAACUAAAUCCUUCCAAAAAUGCAUGACUCUUCCUACCCAACAAGCCUCCAUAGCAUGGACCUUCCACCCUCGUAACUCCACCUUAGACCUCGUCUUCUUUGGCACUUUCAUUUCUCCUUCUGGUUGGGUUGGAUGGGGCAUGAAUCCCACCUCGCCGGAGAUGACCGGAACUCGAGCUUUGAUAGCCUUUCCUGACCCCAACUCCGGCCAAAUAGUCCUCCUGCCUUACAUUCUAGACCCAACCGUUAAGCUCCAGAAAUCUCCACUCCUCUCUCGCCCCCUCGAUAUCCACCUCCUCUCCUCCUCGGCAGCCAUGUACGGCGGCAAAUUGGCUACCGUACACAACGGCGCCACCAUCCAAAUCUUCUCAACCCUCAAACUAAAACCAAACAAAACCAAAAUCCACCUCGUCUGGAACCGUGGACUCUACGUUCAAGGCUACUCCCCCACUAUCCACCCAACAACCUCGACCGACCUGUCGUCCAUCACCACCUUCGACGUCCUCUCCGGCUCCUCCGCCGUCCAACACAGCAACAACGUGAAGGCCCUGAGAGUUAUCCACGGCACCAUCAAUGCCAUCUCAUGGGGACUCCUAUUACCCGUGGGAGCAGUCACAGCUCGUUACCUCCGACACAUCCAAUCACUAGGACCCACAUGGUUCUACGUGCACGCAGGGAUACAACUCUUCGCGUUCACUCUAGGAACCUUAGGUUUCGCCAUCGGAAUAUGUCUCGGAAGGCUGUCGCCGGGAGUUGAGUACAGCCUUCACAGGAAGCUAGGGUUCGCGGUAUUCUGCCUCGGGGCGAUGCAGACGGUGGCGUUAUUGUUCAGGCCGAAGACGACGAACAAGUUCAGGAAGUACUGGAAGUCGUAUCAUCAUUUUGUGGGGUAUUCAUGCGUGGUGCUAGGGUUCGUGAACGUGUUUCAGGGGUUCCAAGUGAUGGGUUUGAGCAGAUCGUACUCGAAGUUGGUUUACUGUUUGGGGUUGUCGACGUUGAUCGGAGUUUGCAUAGCUUUGGAGGUAAACUCAUGGGUGGUUUUCUGUAGGAAGUCGAAGGAGGAGAAGCUGAGGAGGGAGGGACUCAUUGGAACCUCUGAGAAAAGCAGCGGCAUCCAUAAUUAAUGGACUUCAUUGGUGUCUCUCUUUUUUUGUGAGUUUUUAGUGUAUUGAUUAUGAGGUGUAUAUGUAUCUUUGAGUACAUUUUACACCUCUCCCUCAAAAUUUUUUUCCAUCAUUAUUUAUGGCAAAGUUUGGAAAAAGGGGAAAAUAAAUUUUUUACACUU